AAAAAAAAAAAGAAAAGGAAAGUAAAAUGUGGUACUAAAAAAAAGGGAAGUAUUUAGAGCAACUAUAAUGGUUGGCUAAUUUAUUUAAUAGCUUGGCGUGCCACAUCAACUUCUUAAGCUACAACAAUUCAAGUUAUUUAUUGCUACAAUGGUUAAGCUAGUUGUAAAUUAAUUUAUUUUCAAAUUAAUAAUAUUUUUUAUCUAAUAAAUAUUUGCUAAGCUAAUUAGCUCUACAAAGCUAAUUUGCUUGCCAAAGCUAAUCAACAAGAUUUGCAACAAUGGUGUAGCUACUAGCUUAAGAUUUUUAAUAUUUGCAAGCAAGUCCCUUUUUCCAACCAUUGGAGUUGCUCUUAUUUUCCUUUUUUGAAGGAAAAAAAAGGAAAGUAUACUUCAACUAGAAUUUAGUCAAUGUUUUUUAAAAAAAUAAAUAAUAAAAAAAAAAAUCUAUAAAUACCAACGAAGUCUUCCCAAAGCCUCAUCAUUAAUUCAUAUUCUUUCAUACUCCCAACAAAAAUUCUCUCUCUCUCUCAAAUCUCUUAGCUUUUCUGAACCUUAAAACAGUCAACCUAAUUACUUAAUUAGCAAUGGCAGCAUCAACCUCUUCUUCAUCUUCGAACAAGAAGGUAACCCUAAGGAGUUCCGAUAAAGACACUUUCAACGUCGACGAAAAGGCAGCAAUGCUUUCUCAAACCAUCAAGAACAUGAUCGAGGACCUCGGCGACAGCACCGAUCCCAUCCCGCUGCAUAAUGUCACCUCUAAAAUUCUCGCUAAGGUUAUCGAGUAUUGCAACAAACACGCUAAUGAUGAUAACUCCGAAUCAUCUAAUAAUGAUGAACUCAAGCAGUGGGAUAAGGACUUCCUCAAUGUCGACAAAGACACCCUCUUUGAUCUUAUUCUUGCUGCUAAUUACAUGGAUAUUAAGAGUUUGCUGGAUUUAACUUGUCAAUGUGUGGCUGAUAUGAUCAAGGGAAAGACACCCGAGGAGAUAAGGAAAACCUUCCACAUCAAGAACGAUUUCACACCCAAAGAAGAGGAAGAAAUUCGCAGGGAGAAUCAAUGGGCUUUCGAGUAAAACUCAAGUAGCAAUGGAAGCAUAAGGAAGACAUUCAUACAUUUGUUUGUUUAAUGUUUUAGUACUCACUAUGUUUACUGCUCCUUUGAAGAACUCACUAUGUUUAGGAUUUUUUUUUACUGCUUCAUUGAAUUAAUUUCAAAGACCUCACUACUAUUAAUUGUUUACCGCUGCAUUUAAUCAAUUUCAAGCAUAAGAAGUUAGGGCUUGUUCA